AAAAAAAGGGCCAACUCUUUUUUUUUUUUUAUAUAUACUUCUCUACCUCAAAGGGCGACAUUGACGAAAGUGACCCACCUUCGAUGCGUCCUGCUUUCAGUCUUACGAGAAAAACGAAAUCAUGCGUUUUUCGACAAUGUUGUUCACGAUUACCCAUGGCACCACAACCUCGACCACUGUUUUGGUUCUUGAUGCAAAAGUCCAUGUCCACACAAGCAUUACAGACAAAAGAAGAUCAUACAUGGGAUCGUCCAUUCCACCCUCGCACCAUGAACAAAGAUGUCGACCUCGAUAGUCUCUUGACAUUCUUAUCCCAACACACACUCACACAAAAAGAGAUCUUUAAAUCGUUACGUACAGCACUUUACAACACUAUCCAAUACGAUGCCGACAAGGCAUGGCUGAUUUAUAACACGAUGAUCAGUUACCAUGUAGACAAACACCUCAAGUCAAAUCAUUAUGGCUAUUUGCUCGGUAUAUUGAAAUACGGUAACCAUGUAGACAACAUGUUGACUUUAUUGGACCAUAUCCGAUCCUACGGUUUGUUGAAUGGGUAUCAUGUAUCUCAAGUCUUGUUUGCCAUGAGUCGAACAGGAAGAGCCAAAGAAGCCUAUGAACUCAUCAAGAACACAACACAAUGGGCUACUCAUCAUCCCGACUUAUGGCCCACAGCCAACCACUAUCAUUCACUUGCCAUUGCCUUAAAGAACGCACCUGAGCGUGACCCAGUCUUGAUUGAGCAAGUUACUCAACUGAUGCUCGAAAGCAUGCAGACACGAAAGAUCCAGCUUGACAAUACCACUCUCUCGACCAUGAUCACUAUGCUGGCUCAUUCAAGGCAACAGACGCUUUACUUUUUAAAAGCUAUGAAUCAGUCGCAUCAUCACAACUACAAUGUAUAUAUCUACACGUCGCUGAUGGCUGGAUUUGCAAGAAAAGGUGAUGUUGCGAGCGCACAGCAAUUGUUUGAUGAAAUGCGGAAACACAAAGUCAAGCCAAGUCAGGUCACGUUUGCUGCCUUGAUUGAGGCCUAUAGUCGAGCAGGCGAUUUUGAUAAAGCACAGCAGCUGUUGGGCGUCUAUCGGAAACGAUAUCGAAAAUCAACGCAUGUGAUCUAUACUUCCAUCUUGGUCAAUGCCAUUCGACAUGGUAACCUGAAUGUCGCUGAAAAGAUGGAAAAGUUGGUCAGAACGUCAGGCAAUAUGGACAGCAUGCUUCAAACAGCUUUGUUGUGGCUAUCUACAAAACGGGACGUGGAUAAGGCGAGAAAAGAAUUUGAAGUACUUUAUCAACAAGGCCGGGUGAAUCCGAUCAUGGUCCAUCAUCUCAUCACAGCCUAUGGCCAUAAACGAGACAAGGCCCAAGUGAUCAAGAGCUAUGAAUAUCUUGGUCCAUUAGGGACUGAAUCACGACGAUCCAAGCAUGUCCUGGCCCAUGCUCUAUUUCAAUGCCGGGAUGUGCCUGCUGCUCUUAAUGUGUUGAUUGCGAUGCGAUCUCAAUCCGUACCUGAUGAUAUCACACUGGCUAUGGUGAUUCAAGGUCUGGUGAUGAACAAAGAAGCCAACUUGGCCUGGCGACUGUUUAAGACACUACAACACGAUGGCAUUGAACCCAGUAUACGUGCCUACACAAGCAUGAUCAAGGGGUUAGGUCACUAUGUCUCUUUUAAAAAGAAGCGCCCACUCUCGCUUGACCCUCACACACUUGCGUCUGCAGGUAUUCUUUCUCCAUCGAAUAUUGAUCCAGCCAGGACAACGACAGAAGCAUUAGAUCUUUUUCGUCGCAUGACUGGGUUUGAACAACCACACGUCUAUACCUAUACCACGCUGAUAUCCUGUUUUGCUAAACAAAACUUGCCACGGGCUAUCAGCAUAUUUGACCACAUGUGCACUCAACAAGUAAUGCCUACUGUAGAAACCUACACUGCUCUUUUACAAGGCUGUGCCAUCUUUAGAAAUAGCCAAAUGGCUCUCACUGUAUUUAAUCAUAUGUGCUCAAGAAAAAUAGAACCCAAUGCUGUUACUUGGCGAUACCUCAUGAAAUCCUUAUUACGGUCUGGUGUGGAUAAACAGCAAAUUGAUCAAAUUGGAGACAUGGCUAGGAAAUCUUUAAAAUAAACACUUAUUUUAUUAUUAUUA